AUGGGCCAGUGUGUCACCAAGUGCAAGAAUCCCUCAUCAACUCUGGGUAGCAAGAAUGGAGACCGUGACCCCAGCAGCAAGUCACAUGGUAGGCGGAGUGCAAGCCACCGUGAGGAACAGCUGCCCGCCUGUGGCAAGCCAGGCGGAGAUAUCCUUGUCAAUGGGACCAAGAAGGCAGAGGCUGCUCCUGAGGCCUGCCAGCUGCCAACAUCCUCCGGAGAUGCUGGGAGGGAGCCCAAGUCAAAUGCCGAGGAGUCGUCUUUGCAGAGGUUGGAAGAACUGUUCAGGCGCUAUAAGGAUGAACGGGAGGAUGCAAUUUUGGAGGAAGGCAUGGAGCGCUUUUGCAAUGAUCUAUGUGUGGACCCCACGGAAUUUCGAGUGCUGCUUUUGGCUUGGAAGUUCCAGGCUGCUACCAUGUGCAAAUUCACCAGGAAGGAAUUUUUUGACGGCUGCAAAGCAAUAAGUGCAGACAGCAUUGAUGGGAUCUGUGCACGGUUCCCUAGCCUCUUAACAGAAGCCAAACAAGAGGAUAAAUUCAAGGAUCUCUACCGGUUUACAUUUCAGUUUGGCCUGGACUCUGAAGAAGGGCAGCGGUCACUGCAUCGAGAAAUAGCCAUUGCCCUGUGGAAACUUGUCUUUACCCAGAACAAUCCUCCGGUAUUGGACCAAUGGCUAAACUUCUUAACAGAGAACCCCUCGGGGAUCAAGGGCAUCUCCAGGGACACUUGGAAUAUGUUCCUUAACUUCACUCAGGUGAUUGGCCCUGACCUCAGCAACUACAGUGAAGAUGAGGCCUGGCCAAGUCUCUUCGAUACCUUUGUGGAGUGGGAAAUGGAGCGAAGGAAAAGAGAAGGGGAAGGGAGAGGUGCACUCAGCUCAGGGCCCGAGGGCUUGUGUCCCGAGGAGCAGACUUAG